GAUAGAAGAAUAUAUAUAGAGGUGCUGCCUGGAUAAGAAUGAGGAAUACCUAUUUCAAUAAAUAUUUCAAGUUCAUUUGUAACAUCAAAAGAUAUCACGUGAUUAAAGAAAACGAACUGGCAUCUGUAUUUUUAGUCAUUUGAUAUCUUAUGACGUUGAAGAUGAACAUCAGACGCCAGUAUGGAUGACAUGGAAAAGCACCUUGAUAGCCUUCGUCUGUAUUCUCAUUUCGACGUGAAAAAUGGCGGACUGCAAGGAGACUACAGAGGAAAUCGAUCGUCCACCGCUUGUCUUAAAAGUUGACCCGCCCGAGGAGUCGCCGAAAGACAUCAGCGACAAUUCGUCGAAUAGUAAUUCAGCCAUUCCAUCUGAUAAGGAUGAAACACACCACAAAAUGGAAUCGAAUAGUCAAGAAUGUACAGUGGCACCUAUUAAGUCUUCUAAUAAAAAACAUAGUCCUGUGCUAGGCUCCAAAUUUGGAAAUUUAUUUGGUGGCAAUGAAUUUUCAAAUUCUGUAACUAGUCAAUUGAAGUCAUCUAUAUUACGACCAUCUCAAUUAACUGUAGUUACCAAUAGUUCUGCAACUACCACCGACAAAACUGUUUUACAACCUGCAAAGUUUCACAAUCCAUUUACAAAGGUCGCUGAUGAUUCUAUAGAGGAUGAGUCUGUAACGAAAAAUAAUAAAACUGAAGUAAAUGCAGAAUCUAAAAGUGAAGAAAAAUCUGCGGAGGAGAUAAAACCAAAAUUUUUACCUUUGGGCGUGAAUACAAAGGAAAAUGAAAAUAAUGUAAAUAAUACUGUGACACCCAGUACCGACACUCCUAGUUUUGUGUUUGGUCAGAAUUUAAAGGAACGUGUUACUGUUUCAAAUGAUACAGAAAGUUCAGAUAAUUCUGAAAAAGAAGAGACAAAAGUUGAAGAGAGUAAUGAAAAUGGAUCUUCUAAAUUAUUAUUUUCAAAUGCAGCUGCAAAUUGUCGUGCAACUGUAAGGCCAGGUUUAACUUUAACACAAGCGGCACAGGUAUUAGAAGAGGCUAAUCGUGCAAACAAAAGAAAAUAUAGUCAAGUGACAUUGUUAACUGGCGAAGAGGGAGAAACAAAUAUUCUUCAAAUUAAUUGCAAGUUAUUUGCAUUUGAUAAGACCAGUAGCAGUUGGCAAGAGAGGGGAAGAGGUACACUAAGACUUAACGACCGAGAUGAAGAAUCUCGUUUAGUUGGCCGUACUGCUGGAACGCAAAGAUUGAUUCUGAAUACGAAAGUAUGGCCGGGUAUGACAGCGGAACGUGCUGGACCUAAAUCAUUAAGACUAACCGCGAUGGAUGUUCAUGGAGACGUUCGAAUCUUUAUCGUCCAAGCGGCACCUAAGGAAGUCGAUCAACUGCAUAAUCUUUUGUUGCUGCGACUUAAGCGCGCGCAAGAACGCCAUCCUAAAAAAGCAGCAACUGAUCAUUGACAACCAAUUGGUAAUUCGGAUGGGGCGUUAGCCACAUUAGCAUCAGCUUAAUUCAAGCAAACUACAAUAGAAAUCACUAAUAUGUGAGAGGAGCUUCAAAAGUAUAAGGCUCUAUCUAGCAUAUGCGCAAUAGAAUGGCUAUGAUUUGUGCCUUUCUUCAGAAAUUGCAACCCUAUUGACACCAGUAUUUGCUGCAAGACAAAAAAGAUUAAGUCGUGGUUUGCAUGUAUAAGUUAAUAUACUUGUACAAAUUAACAUUUUUUCCUUUUUUUUCAUGAACAAAAAAUGGCUAAUCAUUCCCAUUUUAUAUUCUUUUAUUUGAAAUUUAAUAUUUCUUAAAUAAAAGUGCGUGUGUGAAAAAAUAGGGAUUUUUAAAGAUAGCAUAAGAUCAAUUAAAAUUGUUACAAGUUAUAAAAAGCAAUUUAGUUCUUGAAAUAAAGAUUUCAAUAGAUUUAUAUUUACACUGAACCUUGUGUAAUUAUUGCAAUUAGCAAUUUCUUUUUUUAAAAGGUGAUGUGCUGUAUCAAUUUAAUAUUGAUUUAAAUGAACAGCUUGAAUAUACGAUUUAUAAUUAAGGUAUGCAUGAAAAUAGCUAGAAAAAAAAGAUUUAAGAUAUAUGUAACUGUAAUAUUGCCGUUAUCUGUAUGUUAACUUGUAUUUGAGGGAUGAUUUGUAGAAAUGUACAAUACAACGGCAUUAUUAUCAAUACUAUUA